GUCGUUGAGAGAAAGAUGGAAGGAGAGCAUAGACACACAGUGUUAGCCAAGUUCAAGGAGAAUACUGAUCUCUCAGUGAUAUUGGGUGAGUUGCAGGAGCUGGUCUCAAAGCUUGACUUUGUAAAGUCAUAUGAAUGGGGAACUGCACAAGAAGGGAAAAGGCACCAAGGCUUCACACAUGUCUUUGUGAUUACAUUCUUUGAUGCAAAUGGUUUGGAGGAGUACGUUGCUCAUCCUGCACACAGAGCUUAUGCCAUAAAAUUCGUGGAGGCUGUGGAAAACCUCAUCAUCCUUGAUUAUGUUCCCAUCCUUGCCAAAUCUCCUGCGUAGCAAUCUCUCUCUCUCUUCCUGGGUAUUGUUUGUGUGACAUGAGGACAGGCUGUUUUGCUCUCUCUCCCUCUAACUUGGUUUCUUCAACAAUGUUUUCUUCGGAACAUCAGAUUUCCUGAACAAUGUUUGCUUGAAUGGUUCAUCUUCUUGCUCCUAUCC